AUGGAUCCAACCAUCCCGGCCUGGGGAACCAAAAGUACAACAAUGAAUGGAGAUGACCAAGCCCUUCCCCUGCUUUGUGGCAAGGAGACCCUGAUCCCGGUCUUGCUGAUCCUCUUCAUUGGCCUGGUCGGGCUGGUAGGAAACGCGGUUGUGCUCUGGUUCCUGGGCUUCCAUAUGCGGAGGAACGCCUUCUCCGUCUACGUCCUCAGCCUGGCCGGGGCCGACUUCCUCUGCCUCUGCUUCCAGAUUAUAGAUUGCCUGGCGUACCUCAGUGACUUCUACCAUUCCCUCUACACCUAUUUCCCCAGCUUCCUCACUGCUAUGAUAACCUGUGCCUACCUUGCAGGCCUGAACAUACUGAGCGCCAUCAGCGCUGAGCGCUGCCUGUCCGUCCUGUGUCCCAUCUGGUACCGCUGCCGCCGCCCCAGACACCUGUCAACAGUCAUGUGCGCCCUACUCUGGGCCGUGUCCCUGCUGCUGAGCAUCCUGGAAGGGAAGUUCUGUGGCUUCUUAUUUACUGAUGGUGACUCUGGUUGGUGUCAGACAUUUGAUUUCAUCACUGCAGCGUGGCUGAUUUUUUUAUUUGUGGUUCUCUGCGGGUCCAGCCUGGCCCUGCUGGUCAGAAUCCUCUGUGGAUCCCGGAAGAUGCCGCUGACCAGGCUGUACGUGACCAUCCUGCUCACAGUGCUCGUCUUCCUCCUUUGUGGCCUGCCAUUCGGCAUUCAGUGGUUCCUAAUCUUAUGGAUCUGGAAGAAUUUUGAUGACUUUUUAUGUCAUAUUCAUCCAGUUUCCCUUGUCCUGUCCUCUCUUAACAGCAGUGCCAACCCCAUCAUUUACUUCUUCGUGGGCUCCUUUAGGCAGCAGUGGCGGCUGCGGCAGCCGACCCUCAAGCUGGCUCUCCAGAGGGCUCUGCAGGACACUGCUGAGGUGGAUCACAGUGAAGGAAGCUUCCGCCAGGACACCCUGGAGAUGUCGGGAAGCAGUCUGGUGUAGAGAUGAACAGCCUCUGCUUCCAUCAGCCAGCUGCUCUUGUUCACCCCAGAGUGAGUCAAUGCUCCUUUCCAAGUGGAAUUCACAUAAGCAUCUGCCUUUUCCCCCAAAGCCCCCCAAAAAUAUAUGUAUCUUUGAGAGGCACCUUUGCCCCUGUCUGUCUGAUUUGCUAAACCAUCUCAGCCCUGAUCUUAAAACAAUUAGAAGAGUCCUUGUGAGGAUGAAGUGAGACAGUGCCUAUGAAACAAACUGAGCGCAGUGCCUCUGGACCUGCCUUACUCGCAGGCUUCCAUCACAUCCCCAUGAGAGCUUUGCCAACUCUGGGAUCCAGGACUGUUCUCAUUUUUCAUGAAUCCCACCUUUCACAGAAGGCUGAAAGCAGUGCAGAAAAGGUCUACAUUUCUUUGGUCACACUGCACUUGAUAGGGACUCAAAAAAUGUUAUAUUUUUAACAAGUUUCUUUUUCUCUUCCAUUAAU